AUACUUCGGUUCGGAUCAGAUUCGGUUCUCUAAAUAACAAAAUUUUGAAUAAUUAGAAUAUUUAAUCAAUUUAUGUUUGGGUUUGGUACUAUAUCUUUGGAUCGGUAUCGGUUAUGUUCCUCGGAUUCAUUUUUCCAAAUCCUAAUAAUUACAUGAAAAACAAAUAUCAACAUAUUUUUCAAAAUAUACACCCGCGCGCCUGCGCGGGUCAAAAUCUAGUUACUCUUUAUAUAGUAAGAAGGUUAUUUGCGACUCAACAAAUAUGACAACAUCAUUAUAUAGUUUAUCAUUCGUUGAAUCCAGAGAUUCCCAAACAUUCGAAACCUUUUUUUGUUGUUUCAGUUGCUUCAUGCAUAGGUGGCAUUUGUUAACACUAUUAGCAAAUAGUGCAAAUUUUCAAAGCACAUAAAAAAACAAAUACUUGUUUAAUUAUUUAUUUUCACUAUUAUAACUUUUUGAUAAAUCACUGUUUCCUUUUUAAUAUGUAAUUUUAAAAAUAAAGAAAUUUAUUUUGAAAUUUUUUAAUCAAUAAUUUUAAAUUUCUUUAAUUAAAAUUUCUUCUCAAGCUAAUAUAGUAGAUGAUUUCCAUUCAACUCGACAUUAGUUUUAAAACUUGUUUAUUUACUAAGAAUAUUGUCUUUUUAGAUGUUUAUCUUUUUAUUUAAUCAAAAUUUCUUCUCAAAAUAAUAUAAUAGAUGAUUAUCUUUUUUAUUUUUAUCGUUAUAGAUGAAAGAUAAUCCCAAUGAAAUUGUGAACAUUUAUAUUAGAUUUUUAAAAUAUUUUAUUUUGAUAUAUAUAUAUAUAUAUAUUUGUAUAUAUAUUUAUAUAUGUAUAUACUUUAAACCAAAAUCUAUAGUCUCAGGUCAUGCAAACUGUUGUUGACUCUUGAGGUCAAAGAUAUGCUUCUGUAUUCAAAAUAUACCACUUAUUGAAAUUUUGUUCUGGAGACACCUCUUAGAUCAUGACUAGAUCCAAAGAACUCUAUCAUGCAAACUAUCAAGAGUAUAUAUAUAUAAGCACUCUAUGUAGCAUAUCAGAUACAAAUCCACAAACACCUCUUUUCUUUCAAAAUUUCCCACUUUCUCUUGAUUGAAACAAUGGAUUCGUGUGAUCAACCAGACAUAAUAUCUAAUCUACCAGAUGUUCUUUUGGUCCUCAUAAUUUCAUGCUUAUCUUUCAAGGAAUGUGUUCAAACCUGUGCCCUCUCCAAGCGGUGGAGAUCUGUCUACCUUGAGACGAGGAAUGUUUCUUUCAAGGAAACCGACUUCUUGAGCCCUUCUGUCGACGCAAAUCCCAUAAGAAAUGCUUUGGGUAGGAUUGUAUUCGUUGAUUACGUGCGUCGUUGGGUCAUUAGAAUCCAUGACCAACCCAUCGAUACGUUCGGGAUCUCUAUCUCGUAUCCGGAGACUUACAUUGAUCUGAUCGAGUCCCUGAUAGCGUUCGCGGUCGGAAAAAAGGUCAAGAACUUGGUUCUUGAUUUCUCAAACCCGGCGUGGAGAACCUUUCAUGAUGUAACCCUUGAUGAGUUGGUUGUUGAAAUCCCACAAAGCGUCUAUGAACUAGCGACUCUCGAGUCAUUGAAAGUUGGCGCGUGCAAGAAGUUUGACCCCUCAAAACUAUCAAACCUAGGGAAGCUCAAUACCAUAUCUUUUGGCUGGAUGGAACUGACGGAUCCUAAACCUUUGCUAAAGACUUCAAGGGUUAAGAGUUUAACUAUCAAUGACUGCGGGGAACUUUAUUUUGAUACGAUAAAAGGGAAUAUGAGAGAAGUUGCAGUCAAAAAUUGUGACUUUUUCCCUAACUGCACCUUUAACCUCCCUAGUGUUGACAUACUCAAGUACUCAGGAGAUCUUCUCCCCUUCGAAUUCGAUAACAUGAAUACCAUCAUAAGCGAAGUUGAAUUUGAUUUUCGGGUGUUGGACAAUAACAAUGAUGAAUCAAACGAUUCGAACACCGCAGAAGGAGGAAUGCUUUGUCAUCUCCUUAAUAAUCUCCUUGAUUAUGGUGGUCGAUCUGCUACGACCUUAACGGUCUGUCCGUUUCUACUCAAGGUAUGUCUUUAGAUUUACAUUACAUUUUCACACAUUAGGUCAUUCAGUGUAGGUUCAUUUUAAUUCAUGGUUCUUUGAAAUUUUUGAAUACUUUGCCAUGUGGUAGUAAUUUUAGCUAUUGAAAAGAAAUUAUGUUGAAUAUUAAGAUGUUGUAUAAACAGAUUAGAUAUUAGUAGUUUUUGAAAUUUAUUAGGUUAAGUGUGUAUGUGUGUGUGUUGGUGUCACAGUGUUUGCGAAAUAUAGUAUUGAGAAUUUUUGUAGAAAUGAUAUUUUGUGCAAAACAAUCAAUGAGUUUUUUCUGUUAAUAGAAAAUAGUUUUUAUUAAAAUAUAUUUUUUGAUUUUUUCUGUACUUUUGUAUAUAUUUUAUAUAUUAUAUUUUUUAAAAUUAACAAUUCCUACAAAACAAACAAAAUUCAUUUUUAAUUAAAAUCUCAGAUACGUUGAUUUUUGGUUUUUGUUCAUAAAUGAUCAAACAAAAUUGAAACUACUUUUCCUAAAUAUUAGGAAAUCUAUUUAUUAAAAAUUUGAUUGGCUAAUAAAGUGUUUUAGAAAAAAUUAAAACAAAAUCUGAAUCUUGAAUAGUUUAAAAAGUGUUUUUGAAAACCUAAAACCCAAAUAUGUUUUAGAAUCUAUAAAACAAGCAAUGCCUAUAUUUUGCAUUACAUAGGAGACAAUAUUUCUUUCCAUAGUGUGAAUUAAAGUAAUUUCUUAGUGAACAAAGAGCUAUACCCUAAAAUUUUAGCGUUAAAUUAUUGUAUAUAUUGACUGUUUAGAAUAAAUAGUUACAUUGUGAAAUUUAUUUUCUUAUGUAAGAUGAUUCCAAGAUCUGAGCAUCCACAUGUUCUUCACCCGAUGGAAACAAAACAUUUAGUGCUGAAGACAGAAUUGCAUCCGAGAGAGUUCAAUGGAAUUAGGCUUCUUCUCAUGAAUUGCCCAAACUUGGAAACACUCACUAUAGAUUUGCUUCCUCCAAGCCCCAUUGCGACGGCUUCAUCAUAUGCUGACAUCGAUCCAGAGACAUACUGGAUGCAAAACAUAUCAUAUGAGUGUCAGAGGGAGACUCUAAAAGCCGUUGCAGUGAAGAACUUCUUUGGUGGUUCAAAGGAGCUGCACAUAGUGAAGUUUUUUAUUCGAGGAUGUGAGCGUCUGGAAAGAGUUGAGCUAUACAUGCCGUUUGAUUUGGACAAGGGUCGAAAGAGGCUUGCAUAUGCAAAGUCUGAAAUGUUGCAACGCAGUUCGAACCGUGUCCAAGUUGUUGUGCACAAUUCUUGAAGAGGCGAUCUAUUCAAGACUUCACUACUGUGUUUACUUUGCCAUUUAAUAAUGUUUUUGAGUCUGGUUUAAUAACUUCAAGAAUGGAUGUUCUUGUUUGAAUCCGUCAAGUUUGUUUCAGUUUAUUUGUUUUAUGAAUAAGAGCCUCUGGAAAAACGAGGACUUGGUCAUCUCUAUGAACCAAAGAAAAACUUUGAUCUCUUUUAAAGAUUUGGUUAUUGUUUGCUUAAUUUCAUUUUAGUUCAUAUUCUGUUAUUGUUUUUCCUGCUUAAUUUCUUCUAUAGUUCUUAUUCGAUUUUGGUUUUGUUUAAUUCAAGGAACAUUCACUAUGAAGAUGUAUUUUCAAAAAUUCAUUUACAAUUUCUAGUUAAAACAUGUGGUUUUGCUUCUCUUAUUUUUUUUCCUUUUGGUGCAUCUUUGGCUUAGUUAAAUUGAUAAUGUACAGGUGCUCUUGUUAUGAAAAAUGUUUAUAGUAUAUAUGAUUAAUUGACAUCCUGUCCCGUACAUAUAACUUGAGCUUUCUCCAAAAAAAAAUUUAUGGCAUCAUUUAACUUGAAUCAGUUGCAAAUGAGAAUAUAUCUUGUGCUUUCAUAUGGCCAAAAGGCUCUUCACGUACAGAUGAUCCUAGAUGUUUAAUCAUUUGUCCUUCCCCCAUGAGAGUCAGCUUGUCUUCUUUCUAGCAUAAAUCAAUUACAGCCUCUCAUGUAAGAAAAAAAAAAACCUGAUUUUCCGUUGCUGUGAUCUCCUUCCUCCUUCUGCCUUAGCUUUCUUCUUUGUGUUUUCUUUCGAAAUUUAAAUCUGCAGAUAUUGUUAUGUAACAGCCAAUACAGCCAAGGAUCUUGUUGCAUUUGUAUGUAGUUUUCCAAGACAAACAUUACACGCACAUAUAUAUUGUCCACUUCCAUCUUUUUGUCAUGAAAAUGUGCGUUAAACUCUUUUCUAGAAAGAAAGCUUGAUACAUGCAGCUGAAAUCAUGGGGAUCUCGCUAGAAUG